UAUAUUAUUGGGAAUCAAUACCACAUAUUAUUAUAAUUAUGUCUCUGAUUUUCGAUAAAAAAUUCAAGCUGGAGUCCAGCGACAAAUUCGACGAAUACAUGAAAGCUCUUGGUGUUGGAAUGAUGACCCGCAAAUUGGGUAAUACCGUAUCUCCGGUGGUGGAGCUGACCAAAAGCGAUGACGGCAAACUUGUGCUGUCGUCGAACUCAACGUUCAAAAACUCAUCUAUCGCGUUCAAACUCAAUGAAGAAUUCGACGAGGAGACACCCGACGGCCGCAAAGUGAAGUCACUCAUCGUCCAGGACGGAAACAAGCUGGUGCACACCCAAAAAUGCGACAAACACAACGACACCACGAUCGUUAGAGAAUUCGAGCCCGAACAAUUGAAAAUGGUCCUGACUGUCGAUGACAUCACUUGCACCAGGAUCUACAAACCAGUCCAAUAAAUAUAAUAUAUUAUACCUACUAUUUAAUUACUAUACAAUUCAGAUCUUUUUCAACUUAUCCGAAAUUUGGCCUAUUAUAUAUUUAUUAUAAUGUUUUACAUGUGAUUAAUGAUAUAAUUACACGAACUAUAUUUAUUUAAUUUUAAUAAUGGCCUUGGCUCUUGUAAUCAUUAUUAUUAAACUUAUCCUUGAUGUUUGGUGUGUUAGUUAUUGCAGUUAUCGCAAUCGGUGAAGAAUGAAGAUAUAAGAAUCUGUUGAUAUAUAAUAUUGGUGUUAUCACAGAUUUAACAAAACUUUAUUUGGAUAAAUAUAGCAGGUGCUAUCACAAAAUGUU